AUAUGUUUAUACUGGGUAUGUCGAAAAAAUAGUUCCCAGCAGUUUUUAUUGCUAACUUAAAAAUAAAUCGGAAAAUAAAUGUAAAUCGGCAAAUGAAGACACGUAUAUUUACGUAUUUAGUGUGUUUGCUUUAUCACCGUCUUGUUUUUUCAAGAUCAACAAAGACGAUAAUGCGCUCGCCUUGUACAUUUAGUCUAUUACUGAACACGGUUAUAUCAAGCUUUUCAUAAAAUGUCGGUAGUAACAAUGGUGUUAUGGAUUCUAUCUACAGCUUUUAUUACUUUCUUGUUCAUUAAAUGGAUCUUGCAAAGUAAAGGAAAGAGGUAUCCAAAAGGACCCAUGGGGCUACCAAUUGUUGGACAUUUACCGUUUUUCGGAAGGUAUCCACCAUCAACAUUCAUGAAAUGGUGGAAAUCGUAUGGGAAUGUAUUUUCGAUUAGGUUGGGGAGCUGGAAUACGGUUGUCGUAAAUGGCUACAAAACGGUCAAGGCCACGGCCGAACAUCCGAACGACGCCUUUAGUGGAAGGCCGAACUUCCUUUCAUCGGAGGUUUCAGCCGAACGUAUCCAUGAGGAUGCGUUUGCGUUUGGUAAUUUCUCGCCAGUUUAUCUAAAACAAAGAAAUCUAGCGUCAAAAGCUCUGCGUUUGUUUACGUCUAAAAGAAAAGACAUUAUUGAAGAACUGGUUACAAAAGAAGCUGUCGCAUUUGCGGACUCUCUGAUCAGAAAGUACAGUACAAGCCCAGGUCAUAUAAAACUCGAGGUUCAGAUUCUAGUGGUACGGAUAAUUUACCAAUUUUUAUAUGGACGAGGCAAACAGGUUGAUGUUGACAGACACGUUAAAAUAAUCUAUAAAGAACUCGAAGAAUUUAAUGAAUUCACCGGAAGUGCUUUAGAUGUAUUGCCCUGGCUACGAUAUAUCAUGCCCUGGAAAGUCGAUACGCUUCGAAAACUUAUUGCCAAAGGAGAUGAUAUCAUGUGGGAACAAGUACAGGAGCACUAUGAAAAGUUUUCUGCAGACCACAUUAGAGACGUUGCGGAUGCUAUCAUAGCAAGUGAUGCAGAGGAUGAAGAAAAUAAAGACAGAUAUGUGUUGACAAGGGCAAGGUUGAAUCUAACGUUGGCUGAUCUACAAGCAGCCGGGGCGGAAACAACGAGUAAAACAUUGUUAUGGUUGAUACUCUACAUGACCAAAUUCCCACAGAUUCAAGAGCGCGUAUUUGCAGAGAUAAAUACCGUCAUUGGGAAAAGUCGGAAUGUUGAGCUGAAGGACAAGCCUAACCUUGUAUACACGAAUGCUGUUAUUCUUGAAGUUAUGCGAAUUGUUACCCAGGUACCAUUUUCGCUUCCGCAUUUUUCGAUGACAAAUGCAAAAAUAGAGGGACUUGAUGUUGAUAAGGACACAGUCGUUCUUUUCAAUUUGUAUUCGAUACACCACGAGAAAGAGUUCUGGGGAGAUCCGGAAUAUUUCCGUCCGGAACGGUUUAUACUCGAUGACAAUACGCUUGAUCCGAAUAAAAGCAAUCACGUUCUUGCUUUCGGUCUCGGAAGACGCCGUUGUGUUGGGGAAUUCCUCGCAAAAAUGAAUGUUUACCUUGCAUUUUCCAUCGUCAUGCAAAGAUGCAAGUUUAUUAAACCACCAGGCGAACAUCUGGAUCUAACUCCAAUACCUGGUCUUGUGUACACGACCAAAGAAUUUAAGGUGCUCGUACAGGAAAGAAAGUAAAACAGAUGUUUGUUUCCGAAGCUGAUUAUUUCUGAAUAAGGAUGUCUGCAAACGUUGAUGUAAAUACUUUCAAUUCACAUUAUACCGUUAAUGUCAGAUACUCCAGAUUGCGUUCUUAAUUGUUAUGAUAUCAAAUGCUGUCAUGAAAAUCAAGAUAAUGCUCAAUAACGUACAGAACUUAAAUUUAACGUUAAGAAAUAUGAGCGUUUUUCGUUUGGUCACUAGAAGUUUGUAGUAUAGCCUUUAGAGCAGAACGGGACGAUAUGUGAGACAACCAGUAGAACAAAACAUUACUUUGAAUUAUGCACUUUAAAUAUGGUCGAGGAUGAGAAACAUUGUAAUCAGACACGUGUCAGUAUACCAAACGAAGAAACUGCUUCAACAGAAACCGAUUUACACUUUAAACACAUACCUUCGAAUAUCGCCAAAAUGUACAUAUGAUCAAUUAUGUGUGCCACCUUAUAUACGGAUAUCAACAUACAGAAUCGCGUUUUAAAUAUCUCGUAAACUUAAUAUUCAUUAUCAGUUUUGUUUAUUUUGUAUGACGCAAAUGCCUGUCAUAUUUAUGAGACCUCACGAUCAGCAUACGUGAUAUAUAGAUAUGAAAGCUUAAUAAACGGUUGUCCUAGG